AUGCCCGAGCCGGAAAAGCUUAUUGAUGUCACUACCGACUUCUUCACUUCUGCUGCCAAUCUCACCCCCAAGACUUAUUUUAUGAGCCCAUCACUGUCUUUCUCAGAAGCCCUCAGAGUGCCAGAGUAUGGAAACCCGGCGCUUGAUGCCAUUUCCUGCCUGAAAGACGAGGACACUCGCCUCUCCCUGACGCAGCUGAUCAGCGCCUUGACGCCUGAAGAGGCAGUCUAUGGGGUGCUUUGUGACUUCUUCUGCCUCACGGAGUCCAUGGUCCCCGUGUCCCUCUCAUAUCAUGGCAUUGUUGCGCAAGCUAUUGACCUGCUAAGAAGUUAUCUUAAAGCAAGGGCCUCCAGCGAGACGGUGCAGAAGGCGGCGCAGGAAACAGAAAGUACCCUCUUGGCAUACGUACGCUCAUCCAUACCAGGCAUAACAAAUACUCAACUUUAUAUUUUAUUCUCCGUCUAUGCAAUCCUUCUAUCUGCUGUCUUAUUAGGUUCAAUCCACAGGAAUGCCUUUUCUGCCGCAAAAUGCAAGCACAACGAUGAUUAUAAUCUUGAUCUACUGCACUACGCCAUGUACCUCAGUCUUUCAGAGAUAGAGUCGAUCUUUUAUGAUGGAUAUAGUGCGGUUUUCCCCUACGGAGUGUUUAUAAAAGUCCUAAAUCUGGAAGAAAAGUCCCGGAAAGAUGUUCCAGCAUACUACCAGACCAGUCUUUUUGUUCUGAUUCAGAUAGUUACCGCGGGCGUGGCCAACGGUGUCACUCCCAAGCGUUCCUCUCAGCUCCUUGAAGAUAUUAUGCACCUUACUCAGGCCCUUGACCUAUCCUUUUCCUGGUUGCAUGAGCUGAACUAUUCAAAGUACUUGUCCAACUACUAUCAUAAUAAUAUGUACCACUCUAAGGUUUACGCCGUCUACACUAUCGCACGCUUGGACUCCAGGACUCUCCCUGAAAAAGAAAAGCCUCUUUCUACACAGUUCUCACCUGAGGGUAUCUAUAGGUACAUGGACUCGUCUCGAAAAUUCUUUUUUGCAAUGUUAACCGAACUGGGGAACGGUGUAGAUUUCUUUAAAGAUGCAUACCUAUCAGUCUAUCAGUUGUGCAUUCAAAAGCGGCCCUUUACCAUUGUGGAGAAGCUAUCCACGUUCUAUAGUGUUAAUCGCUCUAUUGUUACUCUGCAAGCAAUAGAAUAUGUUCGCCGGAUAGAUAGUUUGCUCUGCAAGUCUCUAUCCAGGUCUAUUAACGAUGUAGUUAAUAUGGCAUCUGACACACUAUCCAGGUUGGCCAUGGCCACCUCACUGGGAAAUGUCCUCAAUUUGGACAGAAUUUAUAGAAAGUUCUGUUAUAGUCAUUUCAUGGUCUGGUUUACAGAGUUAGACACAAUCAAGAGUGCUUUCUCAGUGAAUGAUAAAACGAGGAAAGCAUACGAAAGGCUUCGCUGUCUCCUAGGAUGCUGGGCUCUCGAGUUUGGCUUACUUCCGUACUAUCGUCUCUUCGAGCCCGCAGGCUAUCUCUACAAGACCGAGGUGCCGUUUUAUUACUAUGUAAUGUAUUUUAUAAUAGCCAGGAUCAUCUGGUUUUACACCACUUUGCUUGGAAUAAGCGUUGAACAGUGCACAGAGAAGAUUGGGCGAUUCGAGGACCCAGACUACUUGGUAGAAAAGGAUGAUGAGGCACGAUUUUCUCCUUCGUCUCUAGAGUUGGCCUGUAUCCGGUAUUGUCGCCUAGCAGUUUACUACCAGAACAAAUUGCUGAGCACGUACCCCAUCCACAUAGACUACUACGAGCUAGAUGGUGCCAGUGCGGUUCCAUUGGAUGACAUUUACCAGAUCCAAAAUCGUUACAAAGUCCUCACGAUCUUCUCGAGAGACGCACAUUGGAUAUUUGAAACAUCUGAUCAAGGCGCUCAGUUCAUACCAGGGAUAAUUAAAGAUAUGAUCUCAUUUUGUGGAGUAGCUAGAAAAGCGGAUGGUUCUGAGGAUACGCUUGUUCUUCCCGGCAUCAAUUGCCGCCUGGCGUUGCCGAUUCCAUCUGGAGACGCACUGGUGCGUGCAAUUCGCGACCACAAAUCCAAGUUAGCAAGUAUGCACAUGCCGAAGACACAAUACUACCGCCACGUCCUAGAAGAUGACAUCAUGAGUCUGGUAGGGUGA